AUGGCUCAGUUGUAUGCGGCAGACGGACAUGUGGACGGCAGAGAGGACGAGGCUCACGCCGCGGCGAUACAUCAAGCUCUUCAUUCCUCUGCGGAAGAGAUGCCUGCCUUGGAGUUCGCCGAGAUUGGGGGCAAUCGCUCAAAGAGUAACGUUAGUUUUGGCCUCCCGCCAUAUGAGCCACGGUAUCCAACUGACCAGCGGGGCAGUGAAGCUUUUCUGAAUGUUCCCUGGGAUUUGCGCAAACCAACCGUGUCGGACCGUUGUGGUGUUUUUGAGGGUUUGCUUUCUAAAAAAUUCUGGAGGCACUCGGAGUUCGCGCUACGAAUCACACUUCUUGCCGUGCUACUGCCUGCUUCUCUCAUCGCGGCGGGGCUACCCAACUCGCCCUUUAUUUCACCGACGUAUCCUGUUUCUGCAGCGGUGCUGGCCUCCAGGAUUACGGUGGGUGAAGGUCUAGUGUACCUUGUCACUUGGAUUCGUGCCGGUUGUAUUUGGCUUCCGCUCGCAACUAUUGGGGCGGCUCUUCGCCUCGGUGAGUACACCAUAGGAUGGUGCUGCUUCUACACCCUGCUCCUGUUCGUGAUGGCGGCAAUCACGGAAGACAUGGUUCGACGCAUCUGUCUCCUUUUGUUCAACAGCUGUAUGAUUGGCAUCCUCAUCGAUCCAGGGCGUGGUGUGGUGUACCCUUCACGAGUCAUGACAGACUGGUCCAUUGGCACAGGUCUUUGUCUUCUUGCAACUUUUCUGCCGUACCCUCUUUUUUGCAGCAAAAAGGCCCAUUUUAGCCUUACUCAGAUUGCGCGAAACACCGGAACGGCGUUGAAGGGUAUGUCAUCCUGCUUUUGGUCAGAGUCCAAUGUUAAGCGAAAUAUGGCAAUGACAAAGGUUCGUAUUGUAAAUGCGGCCAUCGAUGCGCAGAUGAGCGAAUUUAAUGUAGCGCAGGAGAAUUCAUUUUACGAAUUUAUGUUUGAGGGCUUUGAGAGGUGGGAUGUACGUAAAGCAAAGGCGAAACUCUUCUCAAGGCUACGUUCCAACCUGGGGAGCUUGUCGCGGGUCCUUGACAUUGUGGAGUCCAAGCCGUGGGUGGUGGAUGACUCCGCGAGGUCAAAUGCCUUUGGGGAGUACAUGCGUCCACAUAUCCUUAACUUUUCAACCUCGCUCGAUAACCUUACUAAUGCGCUUGCCUCUGCCAAAACCUUUCGAGGCAUAAAAGAGCUUCACGGUCUUUUUGUGGAACUGAAUGAUGCCACCGUAAUGCUCCAGGAUGAGUUUGGUCACGCCCGCCGCAGACUCUUUUAUGAACUUAAACCGGAAACCUUGGAAGAAUUUGUGCCAUUGAUGACGUUCUUCUUCUUCUCCAUUAUUAACUUCCGAGACACCCUGCUGCAGUUUGACUCCCAGGUGCACCACAGAGAGGCUCAUCUGAAACACUCCAUCAAGAAAGUUCUGCACAAAGCUGUGUGGAAACCUAUCUGUGAAAAUGUUUUAUUUUUCCGGCUACUUGUGAUGCGGCGGCACCGCAGAGAGCUUCAGCGCCUGAUAGAGGCAGCAAAGGUGAGCGCGGCGAUGAUAUUAACCGUUGGAUUUUCGUUUCUUAUCAAAAUUGACAAGGCGUCAAUCUCCGGGCCAAAUAUCAUCGCCUUUGUGUCUGGAGCCAACCCCGUUGAAGCCCUGCAGGCCUCCAUCGUGCGUCUCACGGCGUGUAUUUUGGGUAGUGUGCUGGGCUUCUUUGCUGGGACGUAUUCUACAACACCUGUCGAAAAAGUCGCCUCUCUCUGCGUGCUUAUGUUUGUGGGCACCUUUUUCCGCAGCGACAAACAGUACGGUAUUAUGGCGGUGUUCGCAAUGUUCGUUUUGAUUCCACUAGACAGUGUGACAAGUGUGACUACCGAAGACACCAUGGCGCGCAUGAACCAAAUUACAUUUGGUAUGCUUAUCUAUGUAUGCAUCAGCGUCCUUGUGUUUCCGCUGAGCCCUGGGCUUAUUCUUUGCAAGAAACGCAUCAGAAUUCUCUUCAUGCUGAGCGAAGUAUUUACAGCACUUUGCGAUAUGUUUACAGAACCUCUCCCUGUUGGAAGAACCUGCUCUACCGCGUUUCCUAUUCCUCAUGAGCCCGGCACUCGUAACGGCCCUGAUGGUGGCAAUAACGUGUCUGAGGAAGUAGUUUUGACAAAUACGAGCACACGCCUAGUUGUACGCACCGAUCAUCGCAUGCUGGAGGUUAACCUACUCCUGGAAGAAAUUGAGGGGCGCCUUAAGAAGACAUAUCCCUUCAUGGGAUUUGCUCGCGAGGAGCGUGGACUUGUGGAUGCGGAUUAUCCUGCAAAAGCCUGCGAGAAAACCUCUUAUCACCUGUAUCGCAUGCUAAGCUUAUUGAAAACCAUGUGGUGCAGCUGGAAUGUUUUAAGAAGUCAAAGGUAUUACACCCCCGAUACACGACACGUACUCCAGAGCCUGCAGCCGAUUGGCUGGGAUGCGUGCUGCGCGUUCAAGCGAUUUGUGGGCAUGCUUUGCUACGUACUGCGCAACCCUGCGACGGCGUUGGAAAUGGAACUUAUCCACGUUGUGCUGGAGCUUAUUCAGGCCACAGAGGAAAUGCACCUUCGCAAGAAUCAUAUAAUGCUGAUUCUGAUCUGCAACUCCGUGGAGAAAUAUGGGCGUCGGGGGAAGGAUCCGGUUCACAACGCUGCGGAGGGGGCAAAGGACCGGUCAAAUUUGCAAAAAAAAAGCAAGCCGAUAACGUUGGGCGUGGACAGCCCAGGACUGUCAGGCGAGAUUGGGUCCGUACUUACGCUACUUCGCAAGGGUACAAUGCCCAAUCUACAAGAUGAAAGUGCACCCUCGGUAACGGAGGAAGUGAGGCUUUCCGAAAGCUUCGUCAUGCCUGUCACGGGAGAAGACGCGGAAGGGCUUCACUCAUUCACGCUAAGUGCGCAGAUGUUUGCGGAUGAGGCAAAACUGUUGUUAAUGAGCCUCGAGGAGAUGCUGGAGCACUCGCGGAAAAAAAUAUAA